AUGUCUGGUGCUAAAGAUAGAAGUAAAGAUGGAAGUCGUCAAAAUGGAAAAGAAAAAGAAAUGGUUGAGUCAUUAUUUAAUAUGUAUUCCGUUUCCUUACUGGACAUGAAAUAUUUCACAAACAAAGAUGAUCGUGUACCAUUUACACGUUACCGUAGUUGUCAAGAUUCAACAUCAAUUUAUGAAUUUGAAGCACAAAAUUUAGAAUUACAAAAAUCGCCCAUGGCACAAUUCAAAAAUCAAAUAUGUCUCAUUGUUAAUGUGGCGACAUUCUGA